ACUAUACGAUAAUUCUCAACUCAGAAAACCUCCAAUCAAAUAUGACCAUUGAUUGAUCGAUUUGUUGAUUGCAAAGGUAAAAAAUAAAAUUUAAAUAAAAGUUACGGAAUUUUAGGUACCUAUAAGGUAGUUAUCUGUGCUCUAGACUUAUGCUUCAGAUACGAAUAUUUCCGUCUUAACAGCAAUAUUCAAACGCUAAAGAACAUAUCAGUGCCAUCACGUAGUCUUAUAAAGAAACUGACACUACGCCUCUUUCGAUAUACCUACAAAUAUGGGUUCCUCACCGCAGCAACCGACGCCGCAGGGGCCCUCAUCCUCGGAUCCUAACCCUAACCCUGAGGCUAUUAGUCCAUAUGAUAGAGAGAUGCCAUCAGCAAAUGAGCUUAUGGAAAUUGCAAGCAAGUCAUUGCAGACCGGAGUUAUGGCCGGCAGCGUUGGCUUGGUGAUUGGGGCUGGUUCUGGCAUUGUCCGAUCAGCGCCACCAGCAUUAUUCGCAUUAGUUGCCGGUCUCCAAUGGUUUGCUCUCGGGUCUACUUACACGGCUUCAAGGGAUCUCCUUUGGCAUGCCUGGGGUGGUAAAGAAAACCUCACCACGUCAGACCUAGUAAAGUCAAGCGGCGUGGCUGGCGGCGUAGCUGGGAUGGUCGGUGGCAUGUUUCGGGGCCCUAAGAAUAUUAUACCAGGUAUUCUAGUUUUUGGCACCGCUGGAACUGCUGGUACAUACCUAGCUCAGCUCUUCAAGAACCAAUCCAAGGAUGAUUCCAAGGCCAAGUCGGGCUGGCUUGAUUCAAAAUGGAGUCCUUUAAAACGAUUAUCAGACAGAGAGUAUGCAGAAAAGCUCGAAGAAAAAAUACUUCGGAUAAACGCCGAAAUCUCUAUUAUCGAUGAUAAUAUUGCUGCCCUUCGAGCGUCAAGCGGCGCAUCAACUAAGCCAGGCGAGGGAAGUAAACCGAAUAAUAACUCCUAAAUUGCUAGCCGGUAUGCUGAGUUGUUGAUUACAACUAUUAGGAUUUCCACAGAAAAGCCUAGAUGGUAUUCUUUGAUAGGAACCAGACUCGGUCUAUGUCACGUUAUGACGGGAGGAAUUAGCACUAGAAGUAAGACAAACUAGUUGCGAGGACUUCAUCGAUCUCGGCCACCAAUAUGAGACUUUAGCAUUACAUACAACUAACCUAGACUGCGGUCUCAAGGAUCUUCGUCA